AUGGCUCGUCGUGCUGCGGAGGCACUGCUCGUCCUCGGGUUCCUCUUCCUACCCCUCACGGCGUCGAGCUUCCUCGUCCCAGAGAGCCCGCGCCGGUCCGGCGAGACUGGCGACGAGGUGCUCGGCAUCGCACUCGGCGCAACCCACUCGUGCAUUGCCGCCGUACACCGGGACGGCUCCAUAAAGAUCGUCCCCGACGACCAGGGCAACCGCGUCACCCCCGGGUGGGUCGCCUUCACCGACGACGGCGAGAGGCUCGUCGGCGAGGCCGCCAGGAACCAGUACGCCGCCAACCCGAACCGCACCAUCUAUGGCGCCAAGCGACUCCUGGGACGGCGGUUCAGCGACGCCGACCUGCAGCGGGACGUGGAGACCUUGCCGUACGCCGUCGUCGACCGGGAAGGGAUGCCGUACGUCAGGGUGGACGACGUGCGGACGCUCAGACCCGAGGAGAUCACGGCCGCGGUGUUCGCAGACAUGAUGGACAGGGCGGCGGCCCACCUGGGCAGGAAGGUCACACGGGCGGUGCUCACCGUCCCCGCCCACUACACCGACGCGCAGCUGUAUGCUACCAAGGAGGCCGGCAUUCUCGCCGGCCUCGACGCCCUCCGCUUGGUAAGGGAGCCCGUCACCGCCGCCAUCGCCUACGCACGCUCGACGUCGCCGUGCUCACCUCGAUGA